AUGGUGAGACUCAAGUCGCGGUACGUUCUGUUCGAGAUCGUGUCCCCAGUGGCCGUCUGCGGUGAUGGCACGGCCUCCGCGGUGCUCAGUAGAGGCCCCUGCAGUGCUCGGGUCACCGCGAAGACUAUCUUGCAAGAGAUACGGCGUUCCCUGCAGGUGAACUUCGGGGAUUACGGUGCUGGGAAAGUUGGGUCCCUGCUUCAAGUCAAGUAUUUCUCAAAUAAUACGGCCACUGGGAUCCUUAGGUGUCACAGGGAAGAUGUGGAUUUGCUUCUUGGUGCUUUGUUCUUCAUGAGCAACGUGGGCGAGUCCCCCGAGGAACACCGGGGACUCAUCGUUAACCCGGUGAAAGUGAGUGGGACUAUUAAGAAAGUGGAACAGUUUGCAGUACGAAGAGGUCAGAAACUCGUAGCGCUGACAAGGAGACAGCUUGCAGGGCCGGACAACAUCCAGCAGAAGAGCUUCACAGACGAUUUCACUUCAAUUAUAGACGAUAACGCAAAUAUAUAA